AUGUCCAGACGAUCAAGAAGUCGAUCCCGAUCACCGCGAAGAGAUCGAGAUGAAAGAAGGCGCCGUGAUGAGCGCAAACGCGAAAAAAGGGAUAGAGAACGCCGAAGGAGACAUCGAAGCAGUUCGUCCGAAGGUUCUUCCGCUAUUGACUCGCACCAACUUGGGAGUAUUUUGAAAGAAAGACGACGAGAAAAAAGUCGAGAGCGCAGCUCGCCAAGAUAUUCGGAACCAGUCGAGGAUAUUGUAGUGCCAUUUGAUGUAAAUACUUUAGACGAAUCGGCGAAAAAAUGGUUAGAAGAACGAAUUGUAGAGCAGGUGACAUCUCGAGUUGACAAAUUGGAGAGCUUGAUGGCGGAAAAGGCGACCGCGGCGCGGAAUGAGAUGGAAAAAAUGCUGCGGGCACAGAUUGAAGCGGAAAUGACAAACGAGUUGGCCGAAUGCAAAAAAAGAGAUGAAGAAUCACGGAAACGGUGUGCACAAUUGGAGCUCGAGCUGGAGCAGAAAAUUGCCGAAGCGGAAGAAAGCCGAAAAAAAUACGAGGAGAACCGAUUGGCGAUGCUUGAGCAGAAAGGCCAUUUGGAAAGAGAACGCGCCGAAUUGGCCCGACAAAAGUUGGAAUUGGUGAAGAGUGAACAACAGACGAUUAUUAACAAAGGCGGUGCAUCACGAGCGCCGAUCAAAUUCAAAUUUGGCAAAUAG